AUGCCUGCACUUUCAACUGAUGGAGGGAAAGUGACUUUAAAAAGCAGCUUCAAAGUCUCAAAAAGCAUUGAAGUAAUUUAUACGGGUGGUAAAGUUGCCAUAUCUCCAGAUGAAUCCUUGUUAAUUACCACAAAUGGCGAGGAUAUCGAAGUCACAAAGUUUGAGCAGAGAGAGCGAGUUUAUCGAUUGAAAGGGGAUACAGAAAUAAUUACCACUUUCUCAAUAACGCCUGAUGUCGCCACCGGGUCUGCCGAUAGUACCGUAAAAGUAUGGGACAUUGCACGUGGUUAUUGCACACAUAAUUUUCGUGGACAUGGUGGAGUGAUUAGCGCCUUGAAAUUUCAUCCGGAUAUAGCGAAUAGAAAAAUAUUGGUUUCUGGUGCUGAUGAUUGUAAAAUCUGUGUUUGGAAUUUAGCGACGCGAAAUUGUAUUGCAGUGUUGGAAAGUCAUGUUAGUAUGAUUCGUGGGUUGGAUUUCUCGCAUGAUGGUAAUUUUCUUGUUAGCGGAUCACGCGAUAAAGUAGUUAUUGUGUGGAAUUUGGAUAAGAAAAGCGUCGUAAACACUUUUCCUAUUUAUGAAACCAUUGAAACACUUGGAGUAUUAGAGAAAGGCAUAAGGUUUGACGAUGAACAAAAACACAAAGAAGAGUUGUUUUAUACAGGGGGCGAUAAAGGAAUCAUAAGAAUAUGGAGUUUAAAUACAGGAAAAUUGGUUAAAUCACAAAAAUCCGAAUCAAACACAUCUCAGAGUAUUUCCGAUAUAAUAUAUGUACGAAAAAGUGGAUAUCUUGCAGCAGUCACCCAUGACCAAAACAUACUAAUCUACGAACUAUGCAAUAGCGGACUAAAGAGAAUCAAACAAAUUGUCGGAUACAAUGAUGAAAUAAUUGAUCUCACAUACGUUGGAAAAGACGAAUCAUUACUUGCUAUUGCGACAAACACCGAGCAAAUUCGCGUGUACAAUGUCGAGACAUUUAAUUGUGAUAUUAUUUAUGGACAUGAAGAUAUCGUGUUUUGUCUGGACAAAUCUCAUGAUGGAAGAUUUUUUGUGUCUGGGUCAAAGGAUAAUACUGCUAAAGUGUGGGCAAUUGAUUUUUAUGAUGGCGAAAAAGGAGGCAGCAGUGAAAAUAGAUUUAAAUGUGUAGGUGUAUGUGUUGGCCAUACUGAAGCUAUUGGAUCGGUUGCCAUGUCGAAAAGAUCCUUAAAAUUUUGUAUCACGGGAAGUCGUGACCGUACUGUUAAAUGUUGGGAUAUAUCGUUACUUGAGAAUAAAGAUUUCAAAUCGUAUGCUGAGAAUACCAAACUGAAAGCACUGUUCACACAUCAGGCACAUGAUAAAGACAUUAAUGCAAUUUCAAUAUCAUAUAAUGACAAAUUAUUCGCCAGUGCCUCACAAGAUAAGACAGCCAAGGUUUGGUCAGUACAGGAUGGAUCACUCGUGGGAAUUUGUAAUGGUCAUAGACGUGGUGUUUGGUCAGUGCAGUUUUCACCAGUUGAUCAUCAAUUAUUGGUUACGAGUUCAGGAGAUAAGUCUAUAAAAAUUUGGUCUUUGUCGGAUUUCUCAUGUUUAAAGACGUUUGAAGGCCACACGAAUACGGUGCUACGAGUCUCAUUUCUGACUUCCGGGCAACAAUUAGUAUCAACCGGAUCAGAUGGUCUUGUGAAACUCUGGACAAUUAAAACCAACGAAUGUGUCAACAAUCUUGACAGUCAUACCGAGAAAAUAUGGGCAUUGGCUGUGAGUAAAGAUGAAAAGUUUAUAGUGACCGGUGGCGCAGAUUCGGUCGUGAAUUUCUGGCAGGAUUGUACGGUUGAGGAGAUGGAACAGCAAUUGAAAGAAGAGCAAGAAUUAAUACUAAGAGAACAAGAUCUGGCAAAUUACUUGCAAAAAAAAGAUUAUAGAAAUGCCAUAAUAUUAGCAAUGACACUCAGUCAACCAUUCCGACUACUAAAUCUAUUUUCCGAAGUACUGAAUAACCGAGACACAAAAAGCAUCACAGGAUCAAUUUCGAUCGAUAAUAUAAUUGCAACACUCACCACCGACCAACUAGAAAAACUACUCGGGUUUAUUCGUGACUGGAACACAAACGCGCGACAUUCACGAACAGCUCAGAUUAUUCUGAAUGCUGUUCUCACCGCGAAUUCAUUGGAAAAGGUUAUGGAAAUAAAAGGAAUAAAAGAUAUUUUGGAUGGUUUAAUUCCAUACACGGAACGUCAUUUCCAACGUCUUGAUCGCGCUAUCACAGAUUCGUUUAUUAUCGAUUAUACGUUAAAUGCAAUGGAUUUGUGGAAUCCAUUGGCUGAUCCUGUUUUAUUGGAGCCCCCAUUAACGACAGUAGCGGAUUCGAUGAUGGAUAUUGAUAAUAAUUCAAAGGAGCAUGAUAACGAGGACGAAGAAGGAAAGUAUGAUGAUAGCGAUAAGGAGAGUGAUGAGGAUGAAGAGAGUGAUAAAGAGAGUGAUGAGGUUGAAAAGGAAGAAAAAGAAGAAUACAAGAAUAAUAAUAAGGAUGAAGAUCAAGAUGACGAAGAGAGUGAUGAAGAGAGUGAUGAAGGAAGUGAAGAUGAUGAAGAGAGUGAUGUAGGAAGUGAAAAUGAUGAAGAGAGUGAUGAAGGAAGUGAUGAAGGGAGUGAUAAAGGGAGUGAUGAAGGGAGUGAUGGAGGGAGUGAUGAAAGGAGUGAUGAAGGGAGUGAUGGAGGGAGUGAUGGAGGGAGUGAUGAAGGGAGUGAUGGAGGGAGUGAUGGAGGGAGUGAUGAAGGGAGUGAUGAAGGGAGUGAUGAAGGGAGUGAUGAAGAUGAAGAGAGUGAUAAAAAUAGAGAGAGUGAUGAAGAAAGUGAGUAG